AUGUCCAGAGAGGUGGUGAAACAUGAGUACAUCACUGAUGAGUUGAAAAGAAAAGCAUCGUUCGUGAAAAGGAAAGCAAGUAUCAUGAAAAAAGUACGUGAACUUAGCAUCCUUUGUGAUGUUGAGGCUGGGGCAAUCGUUUUCAAUGGCCCCUCUGAUCCUCAACCAGAGGUUUGGCCGGACCAUGAAGGUGUCGAGCAAGUGAUUGAGAGGUGCCAAGCUAAGCAGAAGAACUUGAACGGGGAGGAAUCGAUACAGAAGAGGAUUAACAAAGGGAAAGAACUUCUGAUGAGAAGAAGAGAAGAAAACCAUAGAGAGGAGAUUUCCCAACUUAUGAUCCUCUGUAUGGCUGGGAAAACAAUGCCCUCCCAAAAAGAUUGGCCUGAUAUGAAGAUGUUAGCGGAGCAGACUUUGAAGAACAUAAACUGGACUGAGCAAGAAUCUGCCAAAGAAAAUGAAAAUCUUACUGACCAACAUCUGCAACAUGGCAUGGACAUAGGAAAUAUGGAAGGUUAUAUGGGAAUUGAUGCAUAUGAGAUGCCACAACCACCAUCUAAAAUUGCCAAUUACCUAUAUGUUCCAUCGUUUUACAACCCAUUUUCUCCAUGA